AUGUCGAGAAUCAAGUCUCCGCCACCAAGCUUCCAGACAGUCGUGAACGACGCAAACAACUCACAGGCGGCUGCCGGCAGUUCCGCCGAUAUCUUCUCCCAACCAGCUACCGAAGAAGCAGACCGCGCCACUAGCUUGAUAGGUAUGAACGAACUUCACCGCCAAACGCUUGCUGCGAAUGUGCCAACACAGCGAUAUGGUCGAAUGUACGCCUCGCUGGAUCACAAAGGCGUAGUCGCCCCCGGGUUAGGUGCUGGGCCAGACGCCCACCUUGUUGCGAAGGGAGUGACGGUUCUUGAGACUCUUCUGGGCCUAACCAGUGAUCUGAAUGAAUCUUUUGUGCUCUGGAGCUCCACAUGGGACGAGCAGACGAGUCUGGGUCCAAUAGAGAAGGCGGCGUGGCAAGCGACACAUGCCAUGCUCUCUGACUUACGACACGCAGACUCACCGGUGGAAUUGCGUGAGAGAUCUCGAAUCUUAACCGAACGUAGCGCUUAUCGUGUCAGUUAUCCGCGCUCCGCUGAAGAUAGGGCCCUCUGUCGGGCGUUCGUAGGCGAGUCGCUGCGCUGGGAGCUCUUAGGAAUGUACUGCUCCCGCAUUGGACUGUAUUUUGGCUACCAGGAGUCUGCGACCCCAAGCUCAGGCGCCGGAGGAAACGCCAACAGAGAGCCGAAGUCGAUGCUACGUCAGGCAUUCUUUGCUUGCACGGAGUGUGCAUCCUUGUGUGCAUCCUUAGGUCAAGUCAACGACCUCACCAUUUUCCACCUGUGCACGGCGAUCAGUCUUGCAACCUGGUGCUUUGGUGAUGAUUCUUAUCACGCUUGGCAGCUAAUAGGGGAUGUGUCCUCGGUCGUGUACUCACUCAAAUUCAACAAGCCUAGCGUCAUUGGUGAGGGUGUGCCAUUGUACCUGUCGGAGCUUCGCAAGAGAGCUUUGGGGCAAAUCCAUGAGCAUGACAAGCUCACGGCCACUUUCGUUGGUCGACCUCCGAGACUCACUCGACGGUACUGCACGAUGCAAAUGCCCUUUGAUCUGGCCAACGAAGUUAUCGAAGGAUCUACGGAAUGCCUGGAGAUGGCUGUUGCCAUGCUAGGUGAGGAUGGGUGGGAUAAGUCGAGGCUCAUCAUGCCUGCAACUCGCCAACGAGUGCUCAUGAUACUCUGCCCACUGCGAGAAGAGGUCUUGGAACUAUCUCUGGGUUCGUCAGUGGCAGACUGGGUACCACGUGCGCAGUAA